AUGUUUAAAUGUAAUCGAUCUCUCAACAGGUGGAAGAAAAAUUUUAUCAUUUGCAAUUUCAUGUUUUUAGUUUUCUGUGAAUGGUGUGAUGGAUUUCCGUCAAUUAAUGCUGGAGAUGUCUUAAAUCGUAAACGGCAAUUACACAAAGAGAGUAGCAAGUCAUUAUUAGGCAAACCUUCAGCCUGCACGCGCUCCAAACGAACUUCAGAGUACCAUCACCCACUACAUCGACACCCCCGGGACACAUUGAUGGGGAGGGGCCGGGGCAGCACGAGGGGCGGAUACGGGCUAUACUUCAGUGGGAAAGAGUUGUUACGAUUAAAGAUGGUACGUAAGAAAAUUGAGGUGGACCUUCCCGGAGGAAAUUUUACUGUGGGAUUAUGGAUUAAACCCGAGGGAGGCCAAAAUGACCCGGUCACAAUUCUAGGUUUGGUGGAUAUUUGCAGUGGCAGUUUACCCAGUAGCAAAUGGUCUAUAGGUAUCUCUAGUUCAACUGAUAAAAAAUACCCUCGACCAAAACUAUUCGCGUCUUUUCGCGCAGAAAGAUCGCAAUACAGUUCUACAUUGGAAGCGAAUUCACACUACGUUCCAAAUAAAUGGUACCAUAUUGCACUGUCAUAUGACGGAGAAACCGUUAAAUUCUACGUCAACGGGGCCAUGAUUGCUGUCCGUAAGGACCAGAGGGGAGAUAUAUUUAGUAAAGCCUCCAAAAAAUGCAAAGAAAUUCAUAUAGGCGGGGAAGUGGAAUCUGGUUUAUUCUUCCGCGGAACCGUAGACGAUUUACGCAUAUGGAAUGUUACAGUUCCGCAUGAAAAUAUAGUUAGAAAUAUACAUGGAAUUACAGAAGUAGUAGAUAGACAACACUUAGUAUUCCACGAUAGUUUUGAUAAUGUUAUACGAUGGCGGAAGUUAUCGAAGCGGAUGCCAAUGAUAAUUUCUUCCGAUUUAACAAGUGCCAAAUUUGAGGACAUCUCCGUUGAGAAGCCAGCUUGUGGGGAGACGGUCUGUGAUAACGCCGAAUUAGUCAGAAGUUACCUUAACAACGAUCAACUUAGGAGCCAAAAAGAAGUUCGUUACCGUGUCAUCAAUGUAAUGUAUAAUGAUGGAACUGAUCCUGUUGUUACCCAGGUACAAAUCCAAAGCCAACACAGGAUGUUAGUAGAGGCAUUUAGUCCGUAUAACAUCACGUGGCAACUUGAGGAAAAAAAUAUUCGGAACUCCUCUCUUCGUAUAAAGAACGUGUUGUUUGCAUGCAACCCACGUGACGUCGGUAACGCCAUUUGUGACCCCGAAUGUAGUCAUUCUAGAACCGGAAACGACGGGGGUGACUGUGAACCAUUCCUACCGCAAUGUGAUUCUCUGAAUAUCCAAAAUGGCCGCUGUGAUUUUGAAUGUAACAAAGAAUACCACCGCUGGGACGGAGGAGAUUGUUGCUUGCCUGGACCCCAUACACACUUGUCCUGUUUCGACCCAACCUCGCCUUAUCGUGGAUACAUUGGGAUGGGCGAGUUUAAGGAGGCGAUCGGUGUGGACGGUUCUUCUCACCUGAAUGUCUAUUUCGUAUCCCAGUCGUCCAACCAACUUGUAGGACUGGCCACCAUGCCGUGGGAUAAAGAGGUGUACUCAGUUCAGGGUGGAGUGGUUGUCCAUCCAAAAGAUUUCGGCGUUCUUGGACGGUCGAAGAAUUUGGUUCACGAGCUUGGGCACGUGCUUGGAUUGUGGCACGUACAUCACGGUGUGUCCGAAAUGGACUGUUCUGACUCGUGUCUGGAGACUGAACCAUCGAUAGAACUCGGUGACCUCUGCUCGGACACACUGCCCACGCCCAACAACACAGCUUGCCGUGACCCGGACUGGGCACAUCAGUCAUGCGGUAUACCGGCGUUCACUGACACGCCCUUCGCCAACUAUAUGGGUUAUGGAGACGACGCUUGUAUCGACCACUUCACACCCCAGCAGACGGCCAGAAUGCAUUGUUACCUUGAUCUUGUGUACCAGCCCUGGACCACGGACAACACGCCGGCUCCAGUACCACUCCCACCGAGGAUCCUGUCCUCCAGCACGGGUAGCGUGACGCUAGGCUGGAUAGCACCAUUCAGCUCGUACACAUCGGUCGUCACAUCACUGUGUGAUAUAUGUACUGACUCAGACGCCGUCAGUCAAUUCGCCACCAACUCCAGCUCGUCCCAUCCGACACCGGAACAGUUUGAUUUCGCACCAAAACAAGCAGAAGGUCACCCUGAUGCUGACAAAUGUGAUAUGAGUGUCCUUGCCUGGAUGCCCGAUACCGUUACUGGACCGAGUGACUGUCGGCAACACGGCUGCUACAUAGACCUAGGCUUCGCCUUCCCUGUUGUUCCAAACAGAAUUUCUAUAUGGGUGGUAUGGAAUGCAAAAGAUGGUAUCAAUGACGUAAAGCUCUUUCAUGUGGAUGGUGACGUCACAUCCCUUGGCCCUUAUACCGGAUAUUGCGAUACCGUACUGAGUAUUGGCGUUCACGUGACAAAACCAGUUAGCAAGAUUCGACUAUACAUUUCCAACCCAUACGUUGCUAUAGACGCCGUACAGAUGACGACAGACAGUGAUUACAGUGGUUGUAUCGAAUGUCGGAACAGAAGAUACAGACUCACACGAGAUCCGCCAUUUUCUGAAGGAAAGACCAAGCAAACAAAACGCCCCCAAUAUGUAGACAGAGAAGUGGAAUCAGGUGAAAUCUACACCUACUACGUCCAUAUACAGACAGAAUCCGGAGGACAGAGUGUCCAGUCCCCGUCCCUGGUAUAUACACACGGCCAGGCAUACUGUGGGGACGGACAGGUAGACAAAAAUAACACAGAGGAGUGUGAUGAUGGCAACCUGAUAUCGAAUGACGGAUGUGACGUCAACUGUCACGUGGAACACCUGUUUUACUGUAAAGGUAACCCCAGCACGUGUUUCCUCCACGACGGCGAUGGCAUUUGUCAGGACUUCGAGAGAAAUACCAGUGUCAGGGAUUGUGGGUUCUACACCCCUGACGGAUUCGAGGACCAGUGGGUUGUAUCCGCCGUAGCUAAUCCUAGCUAUCAGGCACCUGGUUGUCCGGCCACGCUUGUAACAGGAAGUCCAAGUCAGGACGCGGUUUGUGGUCGAUCCGUACCUUGGGACGAGGCAUGGUUUCCAUGUGGACACCGGUAUGACACUGGUAGCUACUGGGUAGAGGCAUAUUUCGCCAAGGCUGUGGUGGCUGCAGCGGUAUUGAUACACCUAGGAUCAGACGGAAGAAGCAGACAGGACGAUGUUGAUCCCCGGAUCCGUGUGGAGCUGGUAUCCGUCAAUAAUGCAUCCAAGCCACUCUCCAUCCACAGUUUGACCGUUAACUGUCGCCAAAACCCCGUCACUAUACAUAUAAAUCAGGAUUUAUCUCUGCCGUUCGAGUUAACUAUUGGGGUUCGAAUAUUUUUUGCAUCCCGGAACAUAAGUUUUGCUGGGAUCCGCCUGCGAUCUCCUAGGUAUUGGAAUCCUAUACAGUUGGCGUCCUGUUCUGACGAUCAGGUCUAUAAUCAGAAGUCCGGGCGGUGCAUUCCUAAAGCCUGCACCACGACCUGUACUACCCCGAGUGUGUCUAAUGGACGAGCCAAAUGUUCCGGAUACAGGGAAGGCGAUAUCUGCAGUAUACGCUGUAAUUCGGGAUACGAAGUAGUGGGAGUUCUAAAUGAAUACACGUGUAUCAACGGAACCUGGCACAGUGUGGCGCCCCUUGAUUGCCUUCCUGUUGACUGCGCACAACCGGAAAUCGCAUUUGCAUCGGUGGUAUGCCCAGAGGGAACUUUAUACGGAAGCACAUGCACGUUCAAGUGCACGUCCCCUGCUAAACAGAAAGGUACUGGAAACACCCUGACGUGUGAAGCGGACGGCCGAUGGUCAUCCCCACGUGCGUUCUGUCAGGUUCAGUGUUCUAGUCCAGGGGCAUUGGUCAGUCAAGCCAAGCUGGUGACCAAGUCAUGUAGAGCGGGGUUUCAAUCUGUUGGAAAACGCUGCAAGUUUAAAUGUUUCACCGGAUAUCACAUGGAGGGCAGACGUGCUUCAAGACGGACUGUGGUGAUGCGAUGCGAUGAGGACGGGAUAUGGACCGGCGGUCAGUGUGAGAAGAUCACGUGCCCAGCCAUUGACCCAGUAUUCACAGGUCUCUACUCGUGUACCGACCUCAUGUUCAUGGGUAGUGCUUGCACACUGCGAUGUCCGGAUGGCCAGCGUCCUCAGAUGAUUAAGUGCACGAGAUCAGGGCAAUGGUCCGGACGGUUCACGAUGUGUCCCUCGGGAAUGUAUGGAAAGUGCCCGGAUGUACUCGAACACGACGGCGUUGUUUUCAACUGUAAUAAUAACUACAUUGGAUACCAAUGUAGCGUAUCGUGUCUGCUGCCAAACUAUCGGCCAAUUCUGAAUGGACGGACGAACAGAGUCAGGGGACAACUUGUACAACCAGGAACCAUUUCCAAAGAUAUUCCCGUGCGUCAGCUCACAUGCACUGCCCUGGCUGAAUGGUACCCGGAUCCUAACAACCUCAGAUGUCUGGAGAUGUGUGAGGAGGAUGCCAUUCGAGAUGGUUUCUGUGACUGUAUCAACAAUCGAAAGAGGUGUGCUUGGGACGGAGGCGACUGUUGUAAAUCGACAUCCAUCACAAACAUGGUCCUGUCUUUCCCUGAUACCAAUCAAAAUGACUGUUCUUGUCAAGAUCCAAACGCUAUAGAAAAUAAAAGUAAAAAAUCUAAGAAAAAAAGAAAGCAGCGCAGAAAGCGACCGAAGAAAUCGAGACAAAGGAAUAGGAAAAAGAAUAAGCCCGUUGAAAGGGACAUCAGCUUCGAGCGACUCUAUGGGAACUAAAGGGCGAAAGAAAUUAUAUUCAUUUGAUAUUUUGGAAAAAAAUGAUACUCAUUUAUUUUAAGAUAUAAAAAAGUAAUCUAUGAAAGAACGAAUUAACAUUGAAUAAAUCAAAUAUCGAUUUAAAUUAUUUAAUCAUUAUCGAAGUUUUACAUGAUCAAAUAUAGUUUCGUUAACAUCAAACACCACGUUUUUAAACAUUGUGCAUAGCACUGCAAUCAUUGUUUACGCGAUUAUGAUCAUGUUGAGGUGAAGAAUGACAUUCAUAGUUAUAUCAAUCCAACAAACGGCGAUACUGAUCACGUGACAUAUUCCAACUGACAAGUGAUAUUUGCAUGUGUGCAGAACCAUCGAUGUAUAUUGUGCUUUGACAACUGACGGUUGCCCAUGUUAUAAUUGUGAA